AUAAGCGCCUGCAAGCUACGUAGCGCCCACCGAGAGCGUCCCCGAAAAUGCUAAUUUGGGCACUAUAUCCGUACAAUUUUUGUAACAGUAGUAGCUUUGUCUACAUGUACAUAUCUACACACACGUCACGUUCACGUGACCAGCCAAGUCACGCUAAACUGCGCACCGACCCCCGCCUCGGGCGCAUUCUAGCAGCCUUUUAGUGCGCUCCACUCCACUCCCCUCCUCUCCAGCUCAUUCCUCCUCCGCUUCCGCUUCCACCGAUGCCGCGGCGCUUCUCCGGCGACCAGAAACCCCACUCCGCCGCAGAGAAACGCAUCUCCGGCGACCGGAGACCGAUCUUCGCCGCCGCGAGAACGCCGGAGAGAUGGAACGCCGCCGCCCCGCCGGCCGGCGGGAACCCGCCGGAGCGUCGCCGGAGCCCGGCGAUUUCAUUCCUCAGAUCGAUCGGAUCGUGUUUCACCAACCCCGAACCCCAUUCGCCUCCGGCUAGGUCUCCUCCGACGCCGUUGGGUGGCGCUCACGGGAGUAGCCCGGGGAAGCGAUCGGGCAUGGGGAUCUACGGCGGCGGAUGCGGCGAUUCCCCGAGGUGCUUCGGGAGCUCGAGCUUCACAAUGGCGGAGAUCCUCAAGGCGACGAAGAGCUUCUCCCCUGCUUUGAAGAUCGGGCAAGGUGGAUUCGGCACCGUCUACAAGGGGACUCUCGACGAUGGCACCCUCGUUGCGAUCAAACGCGCCAAAAAGAGUAUGUACGAUAGUUGUGUUAAUGGGGAGUUCCAAAGCGAGAUUAAGAUAAUGGCACGCGUGGAGCAUCAGAAUUUGGUUAGGCUCUAUGGAUAUUUGGAGUAUGGUGAUGAGAGGAUUAUUGUGGUGGAGUACGUUCCAAAUGGGACUUUAAGAGAACAUCUAGAUGGCUUCAACGGAAACUAUCUUGAUCUGGCUGCCCGACUGGACAUCGCAAUUGACGUUGCUCAUGCUGUCACAUAUCUUCAUAUGUACACAGAUCAUCCAAUUAUCCACCGAGAUAUCAAAGCCUCCAACAUUCUUCUUACUGAAACUCUCCGAGCAAAAGUUGCUGAUUUUGGAUUUGCCCGGCUGGGUGCCGGUGAGACCGGAGAAACGCAUGUUGUGACUCAAAUUAAAGGGACUGCCGGAUAUUUGGAUCCUGAAUAUCUGAAAACCUAUCAGCUCACGGAGAAGAGCGAUGUCUUCUCCUUUGGUGUACUACUAGUGGAAUUGAUAUCUGGGAGACGCCCGAUAGAGCCUAAGCGGGAAUUCAAAGAAAGGAUAACAGCGAAAUGGGCAAUGAAGAAGUUUACCGAAGGGGACAUGAUCGACACUUUAGACCCAAAUCUCCCAACCAAUCAGGCAACCUAUCUUGCAUUGGAGAACGUAUUCGAGCUAGCAUUCGAAUGCUUAGCUCCGACAAGGCAGAGCAGGCCGAGUAUGAGAAGGUGCGCGGAGAUUCUAUGGAACAUCCGGAAGGAUUACAGGGAUCCUUUGCUUUCAGAUCCUCAGCUAAAAACUACAGCGGCUGGGUCUGGGAUUGUAGACCAAUAGCGCAAAUAAUCGCAGCGUUCCGCAUAUCGUAAUAAUGUAAUUAAGAGAAAAGCUAAAAUUCUACUAAUAGUGUUUGGUCCUUGUAUUAUUAUGUAUCCGUGAGGUAAAAGUGAAUAGUAAAUAUUAUUUAUUUAUUAUCAAUAGUAUACUAGAUAGAACUUUUAGUUUUUUCUUUUCCUGAAAAUAGAAUAAGGUUGCAUGCCACUUACUCCAUUCAAUAGGAGAUAGUUAAGAUAUAUUCUUUA